AUGGCCACAGAUUCUCGUGUUGCUAGCACCGGGUUCAUUGGCGUCAAUAAUCGUUCGAAGUCGAGUAAGGUGUAUAGCUUGAGCGAGCUAGCGAAAAUGGGAAUUCGGGUUGUUGAAUGGGAUGGAAGGGCCGUUGUUAUAUGUGCAGGCCAUCCGGAUGAUGUUCAAUGGGACAUAUUGAUGGAUUUGGCAGCAGAUGCUAUAGAGGUUGCCCGCAAUAAGUGCUCAGUAUCAUCCUCCAACAGUCAUCACCGCUGGGGCGACUUUAUCUCGCUACGCUGCGGUGUAUCGUAUGGGGGCGGGCAAACUGCAUCAUCUAAUCUUUCUAAUUCAACGGUCAACAAAAUUAUCGUCGAAUGGCUGAACAGCCUGGAGCUCAUCCUAUGGGAGCUUGGGAUAGCAAUUGAAUUCCCAUCGGGAUCCUCUAUUUUGCUACCUUCUGCUUUGAUCUCUCGCUCCAACGUCUCUAUUGCACCCCACGAGCGCAGGUACUCUUUCACGCAGUAUACCGCUGGCGGCCUCUUUCGAUGGGUGGCAUAUGGAGGCAAGACCAAAGCCGAAUAUCUAGCUUCACUGUCUCCUGAAGGGCUGGCUCAGUAUGCACAAGAAGAGGCAGCUCGUUGGACAGAGGGUCUUAAAAAGAUGCCGGUCAUCUCCAAAGGGUAG